AUGACCCGCUCCUUGGAGGAGUUGCCCCAGUGGAUGGAUCUUGCCAACCGGUUGGACUUGACACCUAAUCAAGCGUUCACAUGCCGUUUCAUGGGGCAUCAUCAAGCCAACCAGUCCACAAGGGACCGUUGCAGGCUAUGUGCCACGGUGUGGUAUCUUAUUCAUUACAGGACCAUCAACUCUGAGGGCCUUGAUGGUCCUGACACGGACUUGUUUGAGGAGAUGGAGCAUGACGCCUAUGCCACGAUACAACAGUUCGUUGGGGUCAAUGAUCAGAAAUUCCCAGAAGAUGAAGGAAUCCUGGUGGGAAGCGCUCGCAAAAUUGCGAGGAGGCUCGACCUGGGUGAACUGAGGCGCUGGGUCGUACGUCCUAGUGAUUUUGAGUGGGCCCUAGAGUGA